UUCUUCGUCAGCCUCCCUUCAACCGCCAUAUUGGGCAACUAAAAAAAGGGGGCUCGUCUUUUCGGGGUGUUUUUCUCCCCCUCCCUGCUCCCCACGUUCUCGCCGCUCCACGACUCGGACGCCGGCAAGGUUUGGACAGGCGCUCGGGGCGCGGGACCCGCGGGCUUGCAGCGGCCCGGACCCGGACUGGCUCUGCCGCCCCCUCCGCGCCGCUGCGCUCCCCGCCCUCCCGCUCGCCCGUCCGCUUGAGCGGCGGCCGCUCGCGGCUGCCUGGCCGGGGCUCCCCCUCGCCCCCUCCCCCAGCCCGGCGCGCUCCUGACGCUCGGGCGCUCUCUCGGGGGUGUUUGUUGCUCUCCGCUCCGAGGGCAGUCGCGGGGCUCGUAAGAGGGGUCCGGGCCGGGUCGGGGCGUCUUGUUUUGUUCGGUUGUGUUUCCCGAGAGCGGCGGGCGUCAAGACCCGGGAGGAAGAUGUCAAACGUGCGAGUGUCUAACGGGAGCCCGAGCCUGGAGCGGAUGGACGCCCGACAGGCGGAGUACCCCAAGCCGUCCGCCUGCAGAAACCUCUUCGGCCCGGUGAAUCACGAGGAGUUGACCCGGGACUUGGAGAAGCACUGCCGAGACAUGGAAGAGGCCAGCCAGCGCAAGUGGAAUUUUGAUUUCCAGAAUCACAAGCCCCUGGAGGGCAAAUACGAGUGGCAGGAGGUGGAAAAGGGUAGCUUGCCCGAGUUCUACUACAGACCCCCGCGGCCACCCAAAGGCGCCUGCAAGGUGCCGGCGCAGGAGAGCCAGGAUGUCAGCGCGAACCGCCAGGCGGUGCCUUUAAUCGGGUCUCAGGCAAACUCAGAGGACACGCAUUUGGUAGACCCAAAGACUGACGCGUCCGACAGCCCGACGGGCUUAGCGGAGCCGUGCACUGGGAUCAGGAAGCGGCCUGCCGCCGACGAUUCCUCUCCUCAAAACAAAAGAGCCAACAGAACAGAAGAAAAUGUUUCAGACGGUUCCCCGAACGCGGGCUCAGUGGAGCAGACGCCCAAGAAGCCGGGCCUCAGAAGACGUCAAACGUAAACUGCUCGAAUUGAGUAUGUUUCCUUGUUUAUCAGAUACUUCACUGCUUGAUGAAGCAAGGAAGAUAUAAAUUGAAAAAUUUAAAUACAUAUCGCUGACUGAAUGGACAUCUUAUAUAAGCACUGAAAAGCAACAACACAAUAACACUAAAAGUUUAGGCACUCUUAAAUGAUCUGCCUCUAAAAGCAUUGGAUGUAGCAUUGUGCAAUUAGGUUUUUCCUUAUUUGCUUCAUUGUACUACCUGUGUAUAUAGUUUUUACCUUUUAUGUAGCACAUAAACUUUGGGGAAGGGA